AUGGAGAGUCCCCCGCCCAAGGAGAAGAAGCCCCCUCUGUUCUCUAAAUAUGACACCAAGCGGGCCGAGCAGAAGCCUGACACCAGUCAACCGACUCUGAAGAAAGUCAGCACGAAGACCGUGAUAACGGGAGGGGCCGGCUACUUUGGAUUCACCCUCGGCCGUGCGCUCGCCAAAGCGGGGACGGAUGUGAUUCUCUACGACAUCAAAAAGCCUCUCUGGCCGAUCCCUCAAGGUGUUGUGCUUGAGCAGGCGGAUAUCAGACAUUACAAUGACUUAUACGCGGCGUGCGAAGGGGCUGACUGUGUCAUCCAUGCAGCUGCCUAUGGAAUGUCGGGGAUAGAGCAAUUACACAGGAGAGAGAUUCAGUCCGUCAAUGUCAGGGGCACCGGAAUAGUCAUUGAAGUCUGCAAGCGACGCGGCGUCCCCCGGCUGAUCUACACCAGCACGGUCAACGUGGUCUUUGGAGGGCAAGCGAUUUUAGACGGGGAUGAGGAGAGCGUGCCGUAUUUUCCUCUGGCUGAGCAUGUUAACGAAUAUUCCAGGACCAAAUCAAUUGCCGAGCAAAUGAUCUUAGCGGCGAACGGAUCACCCCUGGCAGGUGGAGGCAAGCUGUCUACCUGCGCCCUGCGUUCCCCUGGCAUCUACGGGCCGGAAGAGCAAAGACACAUGCCCCAGAUGGCGCUGAAUAUCGAAAGGGGCCUGUUUAACUUCAAAAUUGGGAGUUCUGAAACGUUCAUGAACUGGGUGCACGUCAAGAACCUUGUGCAGGCCCAUAUUCUCGCUGCGGAUGCUCUGACUCCCGAGAAGAACUAUAUAGCGGCUGGCCAGGCGUAUUUUAUCAACGAUGGCGAGAAAGUUAACCUCUAUGAAUGGUUAUCUCCGCUGUUUGAGAAAUUAGGGGCUCGGAAGCCAUGGAUACGCGCUCCUGUUUUUUUAGUUGACCUGUCAGCGGUAUUGAUGGAGUUCGUGCAUAUGGUGCUGAGGCCCUUUGUGGAACUUACGCCUCUCGUGUCCCGCUAUGAGGUGCACCACAUUUCUUGCACGCACACUUUCAAAACGGAUAAAGCUCGCAAGCAACUGGGCUACGCCCCCAAGAAGUAUAAAUUUGCCGAUUGCGUGGAACAUUUCAUGGAAACCAGGCCCCGCACGAGGAACUUCUUUGUCCUUAAACUGUGCGUCUGCAUGCUCUUCUUUGUCGGCCUGCUUGUUCUGAGCAUUAAAUACCAAGAGGUUGUGGACUUUCUGAGAGAACGCUGGGCGCAAUAUUGGGAGAUUGUGUGGUAA